AUGGCGGGUGCGAAAACGCUGUUGCUUACCAGCAACCUUCUCUCGCCCAUUUGGAGCUUAGUCCUUCCGCAGCUUUGGCAAAGCAGUCCUGUGUGCCAUCGGUGGCAGAGCGGGUCCGCCAAAUUCCGAUCUAUAUUCCUGGACCUGCAGUCUUCCAGCACCUUGGCUCGAGCCUCCAGACAGCUCGAGAAGGGCCUAAGGUUGCUCGGUUUUCUGGUCCCGGCUUUGUUGGAGGGCCACCUGGCCGCGGACAGGUUUUGCGUCAUCCAGUUCGCGCGCCCCGCGGAAGUCGCAGGAGUCUUCCUCGAAGACGCAGGCGGCAGCAAGCGCUCAGAGUUUCGAUUGUUGACGCCGGUGCCUUUGCUGCUGCAUUUCGAUGUCAACAAGACGGUGAUUCAGUCCGACAGCGUGCAGAUGAAAGGCGUGGAGGAAGGCAUUCGAGAAGGAAUCGCAGACCUCUUCUGGGGUGUGGUGCAUAAGAGCGGAGGCGGUAUCUGCAUGGUAGCGUGCCGUGGUGGCGCUGCAGCUGAAAAGGGCCGAGCGGCACUGAGCAGGCCGCUGGUCCUGGGCUCGCAUCCGAGACUGACUUCGUGGAGGUGGUGGCCCUACCUGCUUGCGGUGCUCUUCGGGAUCCUCCUAGCCGAGUGCACUGGCAUUCACCUGGUGACGCAGGCCGAGAACCAGACCUUGCGAGAAAGGAUGAUGAACUUUGAGGCGGUGCAGGUCGAGGACUACGUCUUCGGUGUCUAUGGAGGAGAUAGCCAACAGCUAUGGGAGCAAUGCAGACCUUUGGACCAGUGGGACGAGGUUCAUGACUUUAACAGCCAGAUGUACAGCGUGCUCAGAGCGACCACCGAGGGCAUCCCCUUUGACAUCGUCGAGAACGUGGCAACUGGUGCUGGCUUGGACGCAUGGCGAUGUUUGCAUCGUCGGUUCGACCCAGCAACCGGCAGCAGGAAGAGGGUCAUGCUCCAUGCAUUGACCAAUCCAGAGAGGGCGACGUAUGACACGUUGCAAAGUGCCUUGGAACGGUGGAAAGCCUUGAGGAUCCGCUAUGACAAGAAGAGGGAUCAACUGGGAAUUCGAGAACCUCUACCUGAGUCUUUGGCCAUGAACGCGCUUGAGAAGUUGGUCCCCAAGGAGUUGGAGCAGCAUUUACUGAUGAAUUUUGCCCGCUUCAAGAACUUCGAGGAGAUGGAGCGGGAGAUUGUCACCUUCAUCGAGGCCAAGACCGGGAGCAAACUUGUGGUCAGUGGCAACUUUGCAAAGUCGAGCUCGGGGCAUUCAGGUGCAAUUCCAAUGGAUGUUGAUUCUUUGGUUCGAGUAGUACAAGGGUCUAUUUCCAGUCUGGCGAGGACCAAAGGUGGGGGCAAGAGUGGCUCAGGGGGCAAAGCUGGAUCAGGGGGCUCCAACAAAAUUUCCCAGAAGUUCGAGGGCAACUGCGACCUUUGCGGGAAGUUUGGACACCGCAAACGGGACUGCUGGUCUGGUAAGGGAUCAGGUGGAGGCCAAAACAACAAUUCAAGUUCAAGGUCAGCAAGUGCAAGCCCGAAGAAGGAUGGGAAGUUUGCCGGCAAAUGCAAUCAUUGCGGCAAGCCGGGACACAAGAAGAGCGACUGUUGGGCUCUGAAUGGAAAAGGGAAAGGAGGUGCAAAAGGAGCCCAAGCUCCACCCAAGCCGAAAGCGGCAUCUUCGUUGGAGAGCCAUCCAGAACCUGAGCCAGCUUCUGCAAGCGGACUGGAACUAUGCUCUGUAGAGAUGGCGACAAUCACAGUGGUCGGAGAGGGUGAAGAAGUUGACAGGUCGGUGAGGAUUGAUGAAAGUGGCAAUGAGUAUGUCAUGGUGACGCCGGAUGUCACUGAAGAGGAGAACGUGGAGGAACCUGCUGCACAUGAGAGUCUUUCAGAAGUUUCAUCUGUGGCGGCAGGUGAGCCCAAUUGGAUAUGCUGCAACUUGGACACAGGCGCAUCAGUGACGGUCUUCCCCAAGAAGAUGUUUCGAGAUCUACAACCAGGAACUUUGAGGCUGAGGACUGCAUCUGGUGAGGUGGUGCAGGACUACGGCAAAGCAACAAUUCGAGGAAGUGACACCACAGGGAUGAGAAGAAAACUAAAUGGGAGUGUGGCCGACGUGCACAAGGUUCUCAUCAGUGCAGGGCAGAUGCAUGGCAAAGGCUACAUGACUUGGCUUGGAGCUGGAGGAGGUGAAAUCAUUCCAACCAGCCACCCAGUGAGCAAGGCCAUGAAUGAGGCCUACUACAAGGCUGUGGGUCGCUUCGGAAAAGAUGGAAUCAUCCCCGUUCUUGAGGAGGAUGGCAUCUACAACUUCUACCUGAAGGAGGAGGUCACUGCAGAUGGCGAAAUGUCACCAAGAUCACCGAGUGAGCCGCCGAGGCAUAUGGUUGGUGGCACAACGGUGACAACUGAGGUGGUACCCAUUCCGAGGAGGAGCCCAUCUACUACAAGAUUGGCUUGUGCGAUCGAGGAGGCAAUCUUGGAUGACGGUGAGGGCGGUGAGAUCUCUGAAGGAGUUGAAGCUCGCCCCGCCAAGCCGGGAUGGGAUCCAGUGACACCCAGUGAAGAAGAACGACGUGAACACGAGGCUUCGGGACAUGCGGUUUUCCGCAAUUGGUGCCAGGAGUGCCUAGCAGCAACAGGGUACUCUAAGCAGCAUAGGCGAGUUGACCACUCCCAGGAGACGUAUCACACUGUGGUCAUGGACUACUUCUAUCUUGGAGAAGAAGAAGGAGCAAAGCCCAAUCUGGUCGUCCAAGACCGCUCCACGGGCAUGAUGAUGGCAACUGCUUUGGAGAAAAAGGGUCAGGGCAACACCACUGCGCAAAAGCUUUUGACCCGGUUCUUGGAGUUGCUGGGAUGGAAGGCUGAGGCUGCAGUGAAAGAAAUCAAAUGGCGUAUCAGAGCCAUCACCAUGAUGGUUGAGAAACGUUUUGGAGGCAAAGUUCCAGAAGGGCAUCCUUUGCUGACAUGGAUACCUCGGUAUGCAGCCGAGCAGGCAAACAGGUAUCGUGUUGGGGCCGACGGCAAGACACCUGAAGAACGUCGGACUGGAAAGAAGUGGGUUAAGGCUCUUCCGAUCUUUGGAGAGCGCAUCAUGAUCAAACCUGCUGGAAAAGGACGCCGAGGUGAUUUGGCGAAGAUGAGAUCGGCAAGAUUCAUUGGCUGUCACAACAGGUUUGGCAGUGUCCUUGGAAUGACGGAGGACGGUGUGGUGAUUGGGAGUUCCUAUCACUCUUUGGCAGAGGACGAGAAAUGGGGUGACUUGGAAACCAACCUCAAAGGGUCACCAUGGGAUGUCAGGGCCUAUGUCAAGAAGGUUCAAGCUGGGGAAGAGCAGUUGGCACUUCCAGCACCAGUGCCUGUGGUGAUUGCAGCUCCGGUUCCAGGACAAGCUCAACAAGUUGGUCAAGCUGGAGAAGUUCAACAACAGGCCGAGGAGAUGGUUGACAAGUCUCCGAUGGUUGGCGCACCAAGUGGCAGCGCACCUGGGACACCAAGUUCAAAGAAGGCAUGGCCAGUUCGCAGGGAGCACUUGGCGAAGUUUGGGAAAACUACGGGUUGCCCAGGGUGUGCCAGUGUGGCAAGAGGUGCUGGGUUUCAGCAGAUUGCCCACAGUGAGGAAUGCAGAAUGCGCAUCAAGCGCAACGUUGAUGAUGAGUUCCAGAGGGAGAAGGCCGAGAUCAAAAGGCUGAGAGAGGAGGAGCGACAGCAGACUGAGGUAGCAGAGCCCAUGGCUGAUGUGGCUUUUGGCCCGACCUCCCGAGGAGACGCGGCUGGAGGAGAGCCUGUGCCCUCGGUUGAGGCGGCCGGAGGAGAGCCCACUCGCCUGGGAGAUUCACUACCUUCAGGUGGCCAGAAGCGGAAAGCUGAUGAGCCUUUGGAUGUGGAGGACCUGCUGAAGGAGUCUGAGGCUGAGAGCAGCAUGAAGGAGGCUUCAAUCAGGGCCAUGACGGAGGUGAUGGGAAGCUUCGAGUCGGCCAAGAUGAUUGCAGACUUGGCGGCGAUGGAUGUGAUUGAGGUGUUUUCACCCAAGCGUUUGAAUCAGAUGGUGGAAAGGUUUGGUUUGAGGAAGGGGGCGGCCAUAGACCUUGAGGAGCUCAAGCCUGAUGGGUCCAGCUAUUGGGACUUGGACAAACAGGAGGACUUCGAGCAGGCGUUGGAGCUGAUCUCAAUGGAACAACCGUCUUUGAAGUGCUGCAAGCAUCAGAAGUCUUUGGGAGGUUACUACCUUCACGAGCAUCCGAAGGAGAGCACAAGUUGGAGUGAGAAGGAAACCUUGGAGAUGGUGGAGCAGCCGGACACGUUUCUGGUCCAGAGCCCAAUGUGCCGAUUCGAGAUGAUGCUUCCUGAUGAUGAUGGCAACUUGGGGCAUGUUCGGAAGGAGACCUAUUGGAUGACGAACAGUGAGAUGAUUGCUGAGGAGCUUCGAGGGGUGUGCAACAACUAUGUGCCUGGAGAAGAACCACAUCGACAUGUUCAUCUCAUUGGUGCAGCCCGAGCUCGAGCAGCACAAGUCUAUCCUCCGAAACUUUGUGAGGCCAUACUUCGAGGUUUGAAGAGGUAG